CCCCACCCUGCGCCCACUUUCAUCACGCUCGCAUACGACAACGGGGGUGGAGCCCGCUGUCGUACUCGCAGGGCAGGACCACAUCAUCAUAAGGGAGAUUAUCUGCCAGGACAGCGCGGGAUUUAUUCACGGCUGAAUUGAUGCCUUCAACGCGGGGGUAAGAUACGGGGGAUUCGAGGAAACGAGCGCAUGCCACGUCCAGCUCGAGCCAUGUUCCGGUUGAGAGCAGUCGCGGCGGUCCAACGGGGAACUUCGGCCGGUCGGACUACGCGCGCAAGGACGGCCUGGACAAGAUGGUGGGGUACAUCAGAUCGGCCGACGACUCGAAACUAGAAGAACUCAUGGACAUCCUGCGGUUUUUCGACGAUGGCGGGCCUCGCUGGAGGCUAGACCGACGCUGGGCGACAGCGCCUGGAAGGCGCACUUCAUCACCGACCACUCGUGGAUCGACAUCCGGGCCGGAUAUCGUGGAACACCGGUACGCGCACAUGCGCCAAAGUCUUGGGUCGAACAGCAACCCGACAGCUGCGCAAGCGAAGGAAAGGGCAGCACGAGGGGACCUGUACCGCAGUUUGCACGGGGUUUCCCGCGCGAACCACAAUAAAAAUGAGCGGAAAGGGGAGGAAUUCAUCGCGUCCGGGAUCCGGGGACGGAUCAUGCUCCCAGUGACCGACGCCGAGCGGUCUGCUACGAUGCGGGCGCCCUCGAGGAACUCUGUCUCAGCUGUGAUGUUCCCGCGGUACAUCAGCAUCCACAAACCCAUGCGGACCCUGUGGUAGGGGGUAGUGCAUCCCAGGAGUCGACAGCAGCCCCUGCGGGCCACACCCCCGUAGUCUUCAACCCAUAUCCAUAACCCUCGAGAGGUUUCGAAGGGAAUAAGGUAGCGUUGGCUGUUUUUGGUCAAGUAGACGCAGGAGAGAGAUGAAGAGAGAGAGAGCUAGAAGAUUGCAGGCGUAUUGCUCCCGUAGUCGAGUUUUCUAUCUUUCUGGUUUCGUGAUGAUAGAAGUUUUCUCUGUUGUCUUUUGUUCAUUGGAAGUUCGUCAUUUCUCCCUCCGCCUUAAUCACCGGGUGUUUGAUGCUCACGGACGAAGCCUCUCUGUUCCUUGUCCCCCCUAUCUACUCUCUCUUUUUGUCAAUAGUCUAGUCCUGUCGAUUGUUUCGGGUGUACACGUAUCGGACCGACUUAGGAUUCUUCACCAACAGCCUUGCGGAUGAUUUUUCCCGGGCGGUAGGAAGGUAGCUUAUUCAGGUCAAAUUGGUUUACCGGUGUUGAAGACAUUCAGGAUGGUUACUGUAUGCUCUCCUUGUCAAUUUUCACCAAGAAAUAACUGGAUGCAGUUCAACCCCACUUUGCCACUGCAACGCUCUCGGCUGAAUACGGCAACGAAGAGAAUCCCCGCUGACUGACAUGGUUCCGGCUAGGGGGAACGACCAGUGUUUACAUUCAUAGUUUACACAAGACUUGUACUUCGAGAAAGUCUAUUACGCGGCAUUGGUGCGCAACACGCCGGCGCUCCUAGUGGCUAGAAGAAUAGUCCACGCCAACUUCGACAUGCGCACAAAUAAGAUGGUAGUCCUGAUCCAUGAACAGUACAACAUGACGAACCGAAAGCCGACGCCACGGACAGACCAACUUUCACCUUUUGCCUCGGAAAUUGUUCAAGAGCCACCCCCGCUGGACACUCCAGCCUCCUCCAAAACCGACAGCGAGAAAUCCAUUGUAACCGGUCGGAAAAGGUAACCGUCGUCGUCCCUUCCGUCCAGCGCAGGCACUUCUGACGUCGUAAAAUCACUACCGACAGAGACCAUCUCCCCACUACCUGUCGGGGCGUUGCUAUCUGUCGGGGCGUUGCCCUCACCCGCGUUCUCACCACCAUGCCCCCCGCAUCCUCCCUCGGCGUGACCACUCCCCGUCGCAUUGGGGCCUGCCCCUUCAACAGAUUCCUGCCCGAACCCACCCACAUACGCCGCCAGGUAAUCGAGGAGAUCAUCUUUUCUUGAGUUCAUUGCGCCCUUCGUAAUCCCGGCGUCCUUUACGAGCACGAGAAGUUGUCUCACAGCAGUGCACCUGUCGCUUUUCUCCGCCCGGGACAUCCCCUUCAACUGAUUUAAGGGUGAGCGGGGCCUGCCUCCGCGCACGUCCCCCUUUUCGGCGCUUUGCACCGCCCCCCCCGCCCCCUCCUGCGGCCUUUCCCCCCUGUGUAACCCCCUUUGCUUCGCCACUACCGGCCCCCGCCCCUCCAUUUGGCCCGACACGCGCGUUCAGCUGUUGCCGCAAAGCAGGCGCGGCCUUCGAGAAGUUAAGGGAAGUAUUCUCCCUUACGCUCUUUGCGAAGUCACCCAUUCGCACGUUGAGGAAUUUCCCGACAACGAAAAGAAACAUCUCUUGAGAUACACUAGCAUCGAUGGCAGGAGGACCAGGGGGGCAGCAGUUUCCCCAAAUUUCCUUGACAACCUCCGCCUCGCUUACUACUUUGGCAAUCUCGGCUGGCAAGUCUCCGAGGCAAGCAGCAAGGAAGAUGGGGCUUUUCAAAAAUGGAAUAUGCCCCUCUCCACGGCAUACACGAACUCUACCCACUCCAUCGUAGGGUAAAGAAGUCCCGGACCGUUCUUUAUAUCGUUCUUCGAAUCGACUUUUGCUACGACAUCUCUUAGCAUAAAAUCAGUACUUAUGGCCUCCCCACUGGACCGGCGAGUUUUGUGUUGGACGACACGCACCCAAUCCUGGGAAAGGUUGUGACUUCUUUGAUGCGUCCAAGCCUUGCUGGCCGCCCACCCGGCAAUGUAGUACAGGACUUGCCCGCGCGGUUUUGUGAUCUGCUACCUUUCACUCGGGUAAGAGAGCUCCACGGCCACGGAAUCCU